AUGUCUGGUGAGUCGGGUCAGCCUGAGGCGGGACCCUCCUCCCACGCUAGCCUGUACUGGCGGCACCCCGAAAGAGAUCAGUCAGGGGUCCCAGGAGGCGUGAUUCGAAGGGCUUCUGGCCAAAGGCACAACUCCUGGAUCCAAAAGGUUUUUGAACAAAUAACCGACUCCCCUAAACAGUGUGUCACCCUGUCAGAAGUGGCGCCUGUGUCUGUACUGGCCGUCCAAAGAUACCUGUUAGAGGAUGAGCCACGGGACACAGUGCCCAAGCCUCCCCUUUACUGCUAUGAUGUGACAAUUUCAGACGGGGUGUACCAGGAGAAGUGCUACUUAGACCCCAGUUUAAACUUUCUGGUUUACCAGAAUAUUCUUAAAGUUGGCAUAGAAUUGAGAAUUUACAAAGUCUCGUGCCUUUACAACGAGAAAAGAUUGGGUCAGGGAAUCCUGUGCCUAGAUAAGGUCCACUGUGGGGAGUCCCUAGAUUUCGUUUCUGUAGAAACUCCAUUCAGAAAUAGAGCGCACGAUGAAAAGCCCGAGAGGCCUCUGAUGGGCGGCCGGAGCCACUACCUGGCUCUGUGGAACAACGAAGAUCCCUACGGAGAUAUCUGGAAGUCCAACAAGCAACCUGAGGAAUUCAGUUUUAACAGCAUCAAAAUAAUCACACUCUCUCAUCUUGAAAUGACCUGGAAUAGCAGAAAGAAUUUUCCUGCCUUGCUUGUGAGGAUCCUGCAUAAGUCAAAAUUGAGAUACUAUGGGAAACCCCAUAAAAAGACGAUUGAGCCAUAUCAGACCUAUUUGGAAGUUGCUGACAGUUCAGGCAUGGUGUCAGUGAUUAUGUGGAAUGAUUUGUGUCCAGAGUGGUAUAAAAGUUUGAGAGUGGGCUUGAUUCUUCUGCUUCAAAAUUAUUCUGUGAAGAAGAGCCACCCAUUCAGAAGACAGCCAGAGCCUGUGGAUCCACACAUGAAACUAAUUUCUACAAUGGAAGUCUGCCUGAAUCUUCGAAAUCCGCCAAAUAAUAUAGUUAUCAUUCCGGAAAAGCAAUUGAAAUCAGAAUGGAAAUUACCAAAACUAGCUAACCGAUUUAUUACAAGAUCAGAGCUAGAUGAGCUUCCAGAAAAAUCCAUCUGUGAUGUAAUUGGCAUAUUAUCCUUUGUGGGAAGGGUGCAGCGGUCAAAAAAGAAAGAUCAUGGUGAAGAUUUUUGGUCAUAUCGCUGGAUUCACAUAGCUGAUGGGACUUCAGAGCAACCAUUUAUAGUGCAGCUGUUUUCUACAUCUCAGCCAGAAGUCUUUGAAAAUAUUUACCCAAUGACAUAUCUUGUUUGUACCCAGUUGAAAGUUAUUAGGAAUUACAGUCAAGUACCUAAUCUGCUUUACCUCACCACUACAAAUGAGAGCCGAGUGUUUAUUACUGGUCAUAGAGGCCAUCCGUAUACAUACGAUACAAAGGUAAAAAGUUUCAUUCAGUGGAUUAAAACAAAGGCUGAUUCUGAAGUGAAGAACACUGUUAUUGGUGGAUAUUACCCAUUUCCACCCGUGCCAGAGACAUUUUCCAAGUAUAGUCGCUUUAUUAAAGCCGAGUCACUCUUGACAGCUAUAAGUGAAGUGAGGAAGGUGAUUGAAAACUUGCAGUACAGGGAACAAAAGCGCAUUGCAAUUCAGGGGAUAAUUACCGCUAUAAAGUACAUCCCCCAUAACUCUUCAGCUGAAAGUGCCCCAGCAUCAGAAACAUUCCGGAAUGAUAGCCAGCCUUCAACCUCUCAAGCAACUAAAAGAGUUCAUCAUCAUGAAAGAGGCAGUAAAAGGCCUCAAGAUGACAGGGCAAUGGGUUCUCCGUAUUUUCAGUUUGCACCUAUCGUUUUUAAUCUCUUCGCAAAAAGAAAGAUUGUUCAAGACCCAUGUGCUAAUCCGGUUCCUGUGCCUCAGCCACAUUCUCCUGCACAAAGUAAAGGAAGCAAACACCACUCCCCGAGUGGCUUGCACCGCCGUGAAAGUUCAAGUUCUAGUGCCUCAGGGAAGUCCAGAAGAUCCAUGUAUGAUAGAUGGGAGAGUCAGCUGUGGAGAGAUAAGAAGUUCAGCUUGAGAGACCACCUCCACUACAGUCAUGUAUAUCCUGAAAGUAUUCCUCGCAAAUUUGUUCUGGAGCAUGGAAAGUUUCUCGCCCAGCAGUAUAAUUCUCAGCCAUCAAAAUACACACCUCCUGAAGAAAGGCCACCCAAACUUGAUGAAUUUCAGAGUGCCCGAAGCCUUGGACAUUUUGAAGUAACCAUCCUAGGUUUGAACCAUGAGAUUGCAAUUGAUGUUGCAUUCCUACCUAUGUAUUCUCCAGAAGAUAUCCAUACAUCUCAAAUAGACACAUUUUUGACCUGCAUGAAUUACAGUUGUGUGUACCCACAAGAAGCAUCUGGCAGUGGAAGAUUGCCAGAUCGCAAGGCAGUUGCAG